AUGGGAACAUCUGCUCCAUCAUACAUGAAUUCUACCUCUUUCUUCAAAAAUUUUAAGAGUUAGUUUAGACCAAUAGAGAUUAAGGGAGAGAAGAUCGAUGGACAAGUCUAUAUUUGUGAUGCAAAUUAAGAAAUGAUAAUUGAAUAUCCAAACAGAAUUCUUGAUUAGGAGUCAGAUGAACUCUGGCAUUAAUCUUAAACUAUGAUUUAUCAUAUUUAGGCUCCCUACAUUAUAAAUUAUUAUGGAAGUUCAGAAAAGCAAUCGUAGGAAAUGUGUUCAUCCUAUUCAAUGAUUUUCAGUUAUUACGAAUAUAUUCCUCAUACUUUAUUGAAGUACUUUAUUAUAUUUAAGAUAGAGAAAUAAAUGAAAGGAAAUAAAAUCAAGAACAAUUCUCAGAAAAAGAGAUUUGGUAUUUGUUAUGGUCUUUGACUUAGGCCCUUUAUGAACUUAAAUAAAAAGGUUAUAAUCACAAAGACUUAAGACCAGCUACAGUGGCAUUAAAACGAAAUGGUACAAUAAAACUUUGUCCUAUUGGAGUUUUGUAAGAUCAAAAAAACUCAGUUGCUAGAUUUGUAGUUGAAAAUUUAUAGACUUACCUCCCUACUACAUUAAAAAAAUCACUUAUAAAUUAAUAAUAACCAUAGAUCAAUUGGAACAUUAUAGAUUCAUAUGCUUUAGGACAUAUAAUUCUUGAUCUUAUGAUACUUGAUGUACCCGUUUUAAUUGAAAUUUAACAAGUUGCUUAAUUAUAAAUGCUUUGUUAUAAUCGCUUUUCUUAAUAAUUAAUUCGAAUAACAGAGCAUCUGAUGUUAGAAACUGAUAAUUAAUUAUUAAUAGAAGAUCUUUAUUAUUUCUUGAAACCUUAUUCAGAAAAAAUCAAUAAUUUAUAAGAUUUUUAAAUUAAUUUUGAAGAUAUAAAAUAAUUAGCAAUUCCUUUGAAUGUUAUGUCUAAAUUGAAGUUAAAAUAAAUUAUUGAAAAUUCAAAUAAGCAUUCAGAAAUUUUAUAUGAAUCUUAAUAGAUCGACAAUAUUAAAUAACAAUAACAAUUGAAAGUCAAUAUUCAAUAAUAAUAGUAAUAAAUAUAAUAACAGUAAUAAUUAAUUCUUUAACAAUCAAAAUAGUAAUAGAUUCAACAAUAAGAUUCAUUGGAAUAUUAAUAAAAUUUUAUAUAAUAAAAAUCUUAAAAUUAACAAUUAUAAGUUACUUCAAAUUUACAAUAACAAAUUUAAUAAUAAUUAUUAUAACCAAAUUCAAUUCAAUAAACAACAAUUAUCCAAUAACCCACUAUACCAUAACCAAAUAUUCCAUAACCUCCUUUAUACCAAUAAUAGGUCUUAACUUAAUAAUAAAUAUAAAACAUUAUAUAACAAUAAAACUUGAAAUAAUAAUAAUCCCAAAAUAUCAUAUAAUAAUCGUAAAAUUUACCUUAGUAACAUAUAUAAAUUCCAAGAGUCCCUUAAUAACAAUAACCAUUAAUUUAAAGUCCAGAUCUAAGAAAGUCAGUUUCUCCUCAGCCUUAGUAAUUUGUAAAUCAGUAACCUCAAUUACUAUAACGUUUGUUGAUGUAAUCUUAAUAGAUACCAUAAUCAUAAUAAAUCAUUCCUUAACUACCUCCUUAAUAAUCCUAAAAAUAACUUAUAUCAACUCCCAUAUCUCCAGAUAAUCCAAUAAAAAUACAACAAUCAUAUUACUAACCCCAAACUCCACCUCCUCCUGCAAAUCCAUUAUAAAAUGUUUAUAUAGCCCCACCACCUCCUAAUAUUUUGUAAUAGCCAUCACAACCCCCAAAUAUUUUUUAAUAGUAACCAAUCCAAAGACCUGUAAUUUAGUAAUCUGCUCCUAUAUAAUUGCCAGUUAUGUAUUUGAAUAGACCUCCUCCUACAAAUAAUUAUAAUUAAUUACUGACAAAUGAAAAAUUUCCAGUGUAAUUAGCAAAAACAGUAGCUCCAAUGGUAUGUUUAUUUUGAUAAUAUAUUCUAGAAUGAUUAAUUUGAUAGAGAAAUUACAGUUUUAGAAUAUAAGCCAUAAGGAAAUCAACCAUUGAAGGCAUCUAAUUAAGUUCCACAACAAUAAUGGCCGUAAUCUUCACCUUAAACAAGAUAAGUAAAAUUAUUGUUUAAAUAUUAGUCAAAUAAUUUUGAUAGAAUUCGUAAUGUAAUUUAAGAUUCAGAAGAAUUGUUGUAAUAUUAGCAUAAAUGA